AGGAUCAGAAGAUUAGUCGAGCGCUAUAAAAGAGUCCGGCAGCAACACUGGACACGAGCUGAAGCGAGACACCGCAGAAGAGCCAGAGACUCCAGCACAGUGAGAGAGAGAAAUGGACGCCCCAGCACCCGUUGAGAAGAGAGGACCACCAAAGUUCAAGCAGAGGGCCGCUCGUACCUUCAAGAGCAAGGCUCCCAAACCUGGCCAGAAAGGCUUCGGAGACGACAUCCCUGGGAUGGAGGGUCUCGGCACAGACAUCACUGUGGUUUGCCCCUGGGAAGCUUUCGGUGACAUGGAGCUCAGCGAUCUGGCCAAAUAUGGCAUUUUGUAGAAACUUUCCUUCUGAAGAAUCUUUCUUUUGGAUAUCAACCAAGAUGAUCAUGUAAUAUUACUCACACCAAGCCUAACCUAGGCCGCGGACGCUUCAGCCCAACACACAACGAGGAAACGACAUGAUUCGCAUUGUUUUUGGAGGGAAAUAAUGUCACAGUGACUCUUGAAUGGAUCUCAGAGCUGCAAUAUCACGCUAUGAUCAUCUCUCUGCUAAAUGUUGUGGUAAAAUAUAGAACUAUGAAAAAAAUCGACUAUUUUUUUUAACUGUACUUGAUUGUGUCUGUGUCAGAAUCUACAUCAUGGUUAAUUAAAACCCUUGAUUUGGCAGUAGAACACAAUAAAACAUUUAUUUUCCCAAA